AUGUCCCCAUAUGCCCUGGUCUUUAGAAAAUUUUGUCAUCUGCCUCUCGAGUUGGAACACAAGGCAAUGUGCGCAUGCAAGAAGCUGAACUUUGAUCUAGCAAAUGCGAGGAGAGUUCAGAAGUUGCAAUUGAGCCAAUCGGUCGAGUGGCGAAGGGACGCUUAUGAAAACUCCAAGCUCUAUAAGGAGAGAACCAAGAAGUGGCAUGACGACCGCAUAAACAACCGGACAUUCGUCGAAGGGAAGUUAAAGUCCCACUGGUCUAGGCCAUUCCGCAUCAAGACUAUCUUUCCCAACGGCACAAUGGAACUCACAAUUGAAGACGAAAGCAACGCAUUUAAAGUAAAUGGUCAACGAAUUAAGCCAUACUUUGGGGGCGAUGUGGAUCGACGUAUGGAGACCAUCAACUUAGGCAAGCAAGAUUAA